ACUAUUGAAAAAUAACUCUCUUCACUUUUCCUUUUCUUUUACUCCGAUUAGAAAUGGCUAUGUGGCCGUUUUUCUUUCUCUCUUUGAUUGGAGAAAAACCCCAUUUCAGAAGAACAGUGAAUCUAUUUGAUGAUUUUGACUAUUUAUCUUUCUGGGUUUUAAAAGAGCUCCACCAAAUCCUUUUAGGUUUCACUUUAUGCUUUGUUCAGAUUCUGGAUUCUUCACCAUUUUUCUGCAAUGAUGAGAUUCGGCUGCUCACUUUCUAAUUAAAGUUGCAUUUUGUCUGUUCAUUAUGAAUACAUAUGAUAGUUUAAGGCAUUGCUGAAAGAAGUUUAAAGAAUUGAGUAAUAUUAAUUGAUUCCCUGAUACAAUCCCCCCUCUUAUGAGAUAUUUCAAGGGCACAUUUGGACCUGAUGUCUCUUUGUCUCUGUGUUUGAAGAUGUGAUUUAUAAGGGGUCAUUUCGUAAUGUUCCUGUUUUUCGUUUCUUGUUUCUUGUCUUUGUUCUCAAUUUUUGAGAAGCAGACACAUUACCAAAUGGCCCUAUAGGUCUUGGCUAGGUUCAAUGUCUGAUGCUCGUGUCCCUGUUUCUAAAAAUUCUAUUGGUCAUUCUUCAUCUCUUCAUUUCCUAAGCUUUCCUUUUAUAUUUUCCUAGUUUAUUUGUUCGGGCUUCUCCAUGAAAGUUGGUUUCUCUUGGAAAAAGAAAGGCUAAUUCUGAGAUACGGCUCAUGGUCUCAAUAAGUUUGAAUGUUUAUGACAUUUGGAGUUGUGAAGAUUGGGUUCGUAGCUAUAUAUAUUUUGAAAUUGUACAAAGGAAGAAGUUGCAAAAGUCAGGAUUAGUGUACUAUGUGUUCAUGUUGUUUGUAUGCCCUGUGAAAGUUAGUAUGUAGUUUGAACGGGGAAGUUGAGAGAGUACACUUUAUUUGUUUCCCAAAUAUAGGAGAGAUCAAGGUGGAUGGAUUCAUGGUGAAGCAAAACUUGAACUUCUACCAUUUGCCUGACACGUUGCUCACGAAACUCACUUCCCGUCUGGAAGUGAUGCAAUUUCUUCAUGUCAAAGCACGGUCUUUGAAUGAGUUUGUCGAGCCUUGUUUACCCGAAAUUGCCGAUUGUUUCCCCAACCUAAAUUAUGUCACUUACCCUAUGGAAAGACGAGGCAACUUGAGAACUGCCUGCAAGAGUAAAAUCAGAAUCAAUGGCAAGAAACCGACAAGAAAAAAGUUGAAAAGGAAGAAUUGCUUAGCAAGACUAGGUUUCAGAGGCAUCUUAGCUUGGAAUACGAGGAGAAAGAGGAAAAUAACUAACAAAAAUCAGCUUCUGGAGCACAUGGAAAAGAACUCUGAUGUGGAGGGUCCGACAAAAGAUGCAGAGAAUCCCUAUGGCUCGAUUGAUACAUCGUUGUACCAUUGUGUGCCAAAUGAUGAAGUGAGGAUCACAAAACAAAGGUUGGCAAGCUCAUCAUUGUCAGAGGCAGCCACAGCCAGUGAGUUAUCAUCUGAAGUCAUGUCUGUUUCAAGUAUCAUAAAAAGAUAUUUUCCAAGCUAUGACGAAGUGAGCAGUGUUUCAAAUCAAUCGAGCUACGACAUUACUCAAAGUCAGCCAGAAGAGUAUUUGAAGAUGAAGAAUAUGGCAAGAGGCCCAAGCUUGUUGCCUUUGAAAUUGCCAUUUAAAGCAUGUUCUCAAAAGCCUGAGAGAUCUAAGCUUGGUAAUAGGCUGGUGAUGGCUUCAUAUAAUCUUGGGAUUUCUCCCAUCAGGGGAAGACCAGAAAUUUCACUGUGCAAUGCUAAAGGUAAAAAGUUUCAAGAACUGAUGACUUUAGCUAAAAGCUCUUGUUUUGAGAUAAGUGAUAGUGAAGAUUGAACUUAACUAUGAGAUUACUUUUGUUUCCACAAGUAUAUAGCAAUCUUUGGAUGAAUGUCUAGGGUUUUGCCUGUCUGAUUCUGGAUUGAUGAAGCUUCUUUUGUUUUUAACUUCUCGUAGCCUUUGGCUUAAUGUGUGGUCUCCAUUGGAGUGGAAUGUGAAUGAAAAAGCACAUACAAAUUGUGCCUCCCACUCUAAUCACGUCAGAAGUCUAUACUAUAUUAAAAGGGGUCAUAAGAGAGAAUUUUUACCUUUGGCCACGGUUCCCUAUCAAUUCCAUGUCUUUCUCCCUUGACGAGCUCACUUCUCUUACAACAUUCUUCCAGUUGGGGCCAUAACGAGCGUCGACCAUUUACUAUUUCGUCGAAGCUCGAU